AUGAAUCAAAACAAUGUGAUCAGUUUAUUCUUUGGGGGGGUUACAAGAAAUCCAGAGUUGAAGCAAAUAUUAUUUGCUUUGUUUCUAAUUAUGUACAUAGCCACAGUGUUUUGAAAUCUCCUCAUUAUGGUAACUAUAACCAGAAGCCCAAGUCUGAGGUCACCCAUGUACUUCUUCCUUUUAUCUUUGUCACUCAUGGAUGUUGCUUACUCUUCUGUCAUUGCUCCAAAGUUGAUUAUGGACUCCCUUUCUGAGAAAACGAUUGUCUCAUUUGAAGGUUGCAUGACACAGCUAUUUGCAGAGCAUUUCUUCGGUGGUGUGGGCAUCAUCCUUUUCAUCGUGAUGGCCUUUGAUCGCCAUGUGGCCAUCUGUAAGCCCCUGCACUACAUGACCAUCAUGAGUCCUAAGGUGUGCUGCUUGAUGGUAGGGGGGGCUUGCAUGGGGGGAUCCAUGCAUGCUACCAUUCAGCUUCUCUUUAUGUUUCAAAUACCAUUCUGUGGUCCAAAUAUCAUUGACCACUUUAUGUGUGACUUGUUUCCGUUGCUGAAACUGGCCUGCAUGGAUACACAUAUCUUGGAUCUCUUAGUCAUUCUCAACAGUGGGGUAAUGUGUGUGUCCAUUUUCCUUAUUCUCAUUGCUUCCUACAUGGUCAUCCUCUGCUCCAUCAAGUCUUAUAGCUCUGAAGGGAGACGCAAAGCCCUCUCUACAUGUAGUUCAUAUUUCACAGUGGUUGUGUUGUUUUUUGUGCCAUGUAUUUUCUUAUAUAUGAGGCCUGUGGUGACAUUUCCAAUAGAUAAAGCAAUGGCUGUGUCCUUUACUGUUGUAGAACCAAUGUUAAAUCCCUUGAUCUACACCUUGAGAAAUGCAGAGGUAAAAAAUGCUGUAAAGAACUUGUGCAUGAAACGGGACUAG